CCAGUUUGGCCGGCAGCAACGCGAAAAAACCAAGCCAAAACCAACCAAACCAAACCGAAACGAAGUGUAGGCAACCAAAAGGACUGGCCAGAAACGAUGGGCAACAAAGUUGUGACAUUUACGGAACAGGAACUGGAUGACUACCAGGAUUGCACGUUCUUCACGCGCAAGGAGAUCCUGCGCGUUCAUAAACGAUUUCGGGAAUUGCGCCCGGACUUGGUGCCCCGCCAAAUGACGGAAGGUCAGGCCUCGAGUGUUAAGGUUCCCUGCGAGUGCAUUGAGAAGAUGCCCGAGUUGCGUGAGAAUCCCUUUCGCCGGCGAAUUUGCGAGGCCUUCUCACGCGAUGGCCUGGGCAAUUUAUCCUUUGAGGACUUUCUGGACGCCCUCUCCGUUUUCAGCGAGCAGGCGCCGAGGGACAUUAAGGUUUUCUACGCUUUCAAAAUUUAUGAUUUCGACCAGGACGGCUUCAUCGGGCACGCCGACCUCAUGUCCUGCCUGACAACAAUGACCAAGAACGAGCUGAGUCCGGAGGAGCACCAGCAGAUUGCCGACAAGGUAAUCGAGGAGGCCGACGUCGAUGGUGAUGGCAAGUUAUCAAUUUUGGAGUUCGAGCACGUUAUACUCCGGGCCCCCGACUUCCUCUCCACCUUCCACAUCAGAAUAUAA